UAAAGCUUUUUAAGGCCCAUUUAUAACUUAACAAUCAUAUGGGUCACUAUUCAAUGCGGGUGGACCCAUCGGAGGUUCUGGAUGGUAAGGACUGUAUACACCCACCCAAGUAAACAAGUGUGAAUCUGUUCAAGGGUUGUCGCACGUGGGAAUCAUAUGAUGGCCAUUUUUGCGCGCCUCUCUCUCUUUCUUCUCCAUUUCAAAUUCAAACAAAGCACUUUCCGUUAUCUGUUUCUCUCAGUCUGGGAAUCGCUGAAAGUGAGAGAACCAAUACAAAAAAAAAAAAAAAAAAAAGCAGCAAAAAAUGUGAUUUAGUAGCAAAUCGCAGACAAAUCUCAAUCUGAAACAAUUCCGAUCCAGAAAAAAAAAAAAAGAAAAACAAAAACAAAUGGAAGGUCAUGAACCGCCAUGUCCGUCACCUUCACCGUACAAAUUCUCCUCUUCGCUCUUCAAAGACAUCUCGAAUUACAAAACUCCGAAACGGGCAUCGAAACCACCCACUAAUUUCAACACCCCAAACCACCCUCAAUUCUUCACCGCUAGCAAACACACCCCCCGGACUUCCGCCUAUUCUCGCCGCCGUACUUCUCUGGCUCCAUCUUCCUCCGCCAGGUCCAAGGCAUCGAGCCGUCUCAAGGCGUACGAGCUCGAGCAGUCACAGUCCUCUCGGCUGGCCCAGGCCAAGAAGGAGCAGUCUCUCAAAUCGCUUGCAAAUUCGCUCACCGUCUGGCUUAAUUUCCUAUUCGGGAACCCUGGAUCAUGCGGCUGUAGUUUGUCAGUCAACGGUGGAAAUGGUGGUGGUGACUCGGUUGAGGUUCCGGCGAAGGGGAAGAGGGAUAGUUUUCCAGGGAUUGGGGUCCGGGUGGAUGCGGCUUGGAGGUGUCCCAAGCGUCAGAGGGACUCGUCUUGGCAAGAUGUGGGUGCUGAGAGUGUGGAAAGUAGAGUGGGAUUUUCAAAUUCCAUGUAUUUGAGCCUGCGAUCUUCGUUGAAGGAGGUUUGCAGUUUGGAUGACUUGAAGCAGCGAAUGCAGGUGUAUUUGAGCUUGAGAAGUUGUAAAGAGGUUCUUGAUAUCAUGACUCAAGUGGCUAAGAAUAUUGAUGAAGGGAGGUUGAAGAUGAAGACACAUUGUCCCUUGGUAACUGAUGUUGGAUUGAAAGAGAAGGCUGUCAAAAUCCUUAUGUGUUAUAACCCAAUUUGGCUUCGAAUUGGAUUAUACAUUAUUUUCGGUGGUGAUUCUCUGCUAUGUGCUGGAAAUGUCGAAACUGAUCAAGAAAUCGUAUUCUUGAGAAUGAUUAUCGAGAAGCAGUUCUUUUCGCAUCCGGGUCUGGCAAAAUCUUAUGCUUACAACAAGAUGGUUGAGGGCCUCUAUAGACCAGGUUACUACGAAGCUCUGGGGAAUGUUAUACUCAAGAGAUUUCUGCUGCUUGUACUUAUUCUUGAUAGAGCUAAAUCUCAAAGCAGUCUUUCUCUCAACUAUGGUAUUGAUGGGGUGGAUGGAGGUUCCCCUUUAUUGUUUACGGUGCAAUCAAAUACCAAAUCAAGUUGUCAAGUGAUCCAUGAUUUUUUGUCAUCGGAUAUCAUGCUAGGAGAAGGUAAUAUUCUAGCACAUCUGGUGAUUGUUGGGUACAAAGUAUCUUAUCAGCAGAGUCCCCUUGUUGAGUACAACUUCCAAGUCACAGAUUUGUUUGUAGAUCUCCAGGACGGGGUGCGACUAUGUAGAGCUACUCAGCUUUUAUUGGACGACUCUUCCAUCCUCAUGAAAAUGGUUGUUCCAUCUGAUACCCGUAAGAAGUACUUGGCAAAUUGCGGUACUGUGUUUCAGUAUCUUAGGGAGGCUGGUGUAAUAUUACAUGAUGAAGAUGGAUUGAUGAUUGUGGGUGAUGAUGUUGCUAAUGGGGACAAGGAACUUACAGUUUCCUUGCUCUGGAACAUGUUCGUCCAUUUGCAGCUUCCUCUUUUGAUCAAGAAAACAAUGUUAGUUGAAGAAAUUUGCAAAAUUCGUGGAGCUAAUAUGGAUCAUUUGACUUCUUUCAAUUCUUCUCCUUUGGAAAUGCUUUUGAGUUGGAUCAAGGCAAUUUGUCAAAAUUAUGAUUGCAAGAUCGAUAACUUUUCUUCAUUGGUUGAUGGAAAAGCUAUAUGGUGCUUGCUUGACUAUUAUUUUCGCAAGGAACUGCAUUGUUCAUGUUCAUCAAAGGAUUCUUGUAAAUCAAGUGGUGAAGAAUCAAUUAUGCUAGCCAGUGAUUUUCAAGAUGCAGUGCACAAUUUUGUGUUAUCACAGAAAUUAACAACAUUGUUGGGAAAUUUUCCUGAGGUUCUGCAAAUUAGUGACUUACUUGAAUAUAAUGGUGCAUGCAAUGAUCGCAGUGUGAUAAUCCUGUUGGUGUUCCUUGCAUCACAACUAAUUGUCAAGAAGAAUAUGGAUCAAUUGAAUUUCCAUAAACUCCUAGGCUGUGAUUGUCAAAGUCCAGAUAGAAAAUAUUCUCGUGUGGAGAAAUGUUUUGUAAGUGCUGAAGCUGUAAAAGAGAAAGAAGGAAAACAUGGCCACAAAACUGAAGAUGCUGCUAGAAAGUUUAAGGCCAUUCAGGCUUGGUGGCGAGAUAUGGCUGAAAGGAACUACAAAUCUGCUGGAAAACCUGUUGCUCUUGUUUUGCAACAAUUAUCAAGAAAGAAAGACGACAUUAGGGAUCAGAGAGAAGAUGCUGCCAAAGCCAUACAAUCCCAUUUCAGACGAGUGACUGAACAUCGCAAUUUCUUAAAGAUGUUAAAUGCUGCUUGCUUUUUACAAACUGCUAUCCGUGCUUGGUUAACUGUGAGGCAGAAACAAGCAUGCCUAAAUUUUUCCACUGUUCAAUUUCAAGAGUUUUAUUGUGAAAGGGGCAGACAAUCUGAAACAUGGCACCGAUAUUUCAUGUUCAUCGUAGUCAGGCAUAGUUUUGUGAAGUUAAAAAAGUCAGCAUUGGUUAUACAACGUGCAAUAAGGAACUGGAUCACUCAAAGACGUAAGGAUGGAAAUAUUGUAACUCAUCAUGAAUCCACUUCUCAUCAAGUCAAUGCAGCCAUUAUAGUUCAGAAACAUCUUCGUGGGUGGUUGGCGAGGUCUAGGUACGGACAAAGGGUUGGUAAGACAGAAAGAACUUUAAAUUUGGUUCAGGAAAAGGAUGAGCAUGAUGUUUCAGUAAAUGAAGCCGUUGCCCAGCUUGUGUGGAAGAAUUCUAUCGUCUGCAAUUCUCUCCAAACUAAACAGUUUGCGGCAGCUAAAAUUCAAAAUCAUUUCCGCUGUUGGCUAUUGAGGAGGAGGUUUCAAAAUCAAAGGCAAGCAAUAUUAAGAAUCCAAAGUGAUUUUCGAAUGUCAAGAUGUUGGAAGGCCUAUCAACAACACAAAAUUUCCGCCAGGUCAGCAACUACUAUUCAAUCUUUUGUACGUCGAUGGAUUGCUCAGAGAGAAGCUUGUAGACAUAGACAUCUUAUUGUUGUUAUCCAAAGACACUGUCGUGGUUGGUUAAUAAGAAAGGAGUUCUUUUCUCGAAGAGAAGCUGCAAUAAAAAUCCAAAGUGCUAUACGAGGCCUGAGAUGGUGGAAGGUAUUUCAUUGUCAAAGACGUGCUGCAUUGGAAAUUCAACGUUUUGUCAGGGGGCAGAUUACUCGAAAAAAACUCUUAGGAGCUUCUUCCCUAAGUGCAGUCCUUCCCGGAGGUUGUACUUUCAAGAGCUCAGGAGGCUUCUGUAAGAUUUCUGAACUUGAAUUAGUUUUUGGUUCAAUUUUGAAACUGCAGAGGUGGUGGAGGGGUGUUCUAUUACAGAAAGAAAGAACGAAGUCUGCAGUAAUUCUCCAGACUCAUAUUCGUGGUUGGAUAGCUAGGAGAAAAGCUACUAGAGAGCGGCAUCGUAUUACUGUAAUACAAUCAUAUUGGAAAGGUUACCUUGCUCGUAAAGGGUCAAGAAAGCAGUUACAGGAGUUACGCUUGAGAGUGCUGAGGUCUGCUACAAAUGUGGAUGAUGGCAUGCGUAUUAUAAACAGACUCAUAGCAGCACUUUCAGAAUUACUUAAUAUGAAAAGCGUUAGUGGCAUUCUUCACACUUGCGCAACUUUGGAUAUGGCUACAGAGCAUUCUCAAAAAUGUUGUGAACAUCUUGUAGAUGCAGGAGCGAUUAACACUUUGCUGAAGCUUAUUAGCUCAGUUAGCCGAAGCAUACCUGAUCAAGAGGUGCUAAAGCAUGCACUCUCUAUUCUCAGAAACCUUGCCCGCUAUCCACAUUUGGUUGAAGCAAUAAUUGAUAGUAACCGGUCCGUAGAAACUAUUCUAUGGGAGUUUGUUAGGAACAAGGAAGAAGGGUAUUUCAUUGCAUCUGAUCUUUUGAAGAAGAUAUGCUCGAGUCAAAAAGGUAUUGAAGCAGUACGCAGAUCACCUGCCCUUUUGAAACGGCUACACACUCUUGUUGAUGAACUUACCAGAAAGGCAUCUAAUGAAAGGAGGAAUGCCCGAGGUCCAAUUGGAAGAGAGAAUACAGAGAGUAGAUUGAGAGAGGCUGUUGAGCUUCUGAAAAUGGCAAUGGUAGGCAAGUAAUAAAGUGUGAAUGGCUUUGAGUAUAGCUCAUCGAAUUUACAUGUUCGAUGGGAAGGACAAACAUCCUUAUUAGUGAAAACUUGCCUGCUUAAUCUUGCCAAUUCCUGUUUGUGCUGUGAGUAAAUUAACACCAAUUUACUUGUCGAUUCAAACUUCAUAUAUAUGCUUCUAAUUCAUAAGAUUUUAUAGUUGAAUUACCACUCUUUUUCCAAUUAUUAUUGUGGGAUUUAAAUGUGUUAUUGUUUAAGCUACGGUUUCUUCAUAGUUUAAGGCUAAUAUAACAUUUUUUUCCCCACUCUUUGAACGUAUUAACUGUGUGAUAUUCGGUUCCUUAUACCUUCUAUAAGGAAAAGCGUUGUAAUUUUAGUAGUCUUCAUUAUA